UUUGAUUUUAAAUUUAAUUUUCCAAUUGAAGAAAACAUAAUCGUGGCAGAAUUCGACUGAUAUAGAUGGGUUGCCGUCGAUUUCAUCGUGGAGGGCACCACUCACGUGGCGGACCGCCUCCCCAUCACCAUCGAGGAGGCCAUCACGGUGGUAGACACUGUGGGCAAGGGCAUCCCUCCCCUCCUCCACCCCACCAUGGACCACCGCCUCACCAUGGUGGACAUGGCCAUGGUUAUUGGGGUGGAUGUGGUCCUCCUCCACCACCGCCACAUUGUCCUCCUGGCGGGUACCCUUGGGGUGGUCACUAUUGGCAGGGUUAUCCUCCACCGCCACCACCACCGCCACCUCCUCACCAUCAGCCCCCAGCUUCAGGAUCCCAAGCUGGAGGGUGUCAAUACUGCGGGUGCCCUGGUGGCGGUGGACCUCAUGGCGGAGCCUCAAAUGGUGAUCAACAAGGCAGCACUGCCCCUGGUAACACCGGCAGCACCCAACCCCCCAAUCCAGGAAACGGAGUCCCUAUUCCUGGCCAGAAUAAAUAUGAAGUUAUUGAUAUAUAAAACCUGAGGAACUUUAAACUUGUUU